UUACAGGUAAACAGAAAACAAGGUAAGUAGAUGGAAGAAAAGUGGGAGAAGAUGAUGAUAAAUGGAAGACAGAGAUAAAGAAAGAAAAAGGGUAAGAUUAAGGAUGAUAAAGAAGACGAAGAAGGAGAAAAGGAGAGAAGAUGAAAAUGGUAAAAUAUUAGAGCGAAAGGUAAAUAGACAGAAAAAAAAAAUAAUGUCGAAUGUUGAAAGAUAAAUAAGUGAGUAAAAGUUUCCACUUUGAAAGAUAAAACUUGUUUCUUUUUCUACUUCAACCUAAUCAUCAUCAUCAUCUUCUUCAUGAAUCGGAACUGAAUUUAGUGAUUGAUAUCCGCAGCAUUGGAUCUUUUGGAGCGUUAAGAACCCGACUCGGUUUUUGCUGUUAGUUGCUGUUGAUGGGAGAUUCAACUAACAUCAUCAACAUCAUCAGAAAGCAAAAAAUCAACAACAACAAUCAACAACAUCAUCAUCAAACCAAUAACAAGUAAUCAACAACAACAACAAAAGGUAGAUACCAAUAAUUUCAACCCAACAACAACAACACCAACGACGACAACCACAAUAAACUAAUACAACAACAUUGAGAGGAUUUAAUGGUUGUCAUCAGAUAUUGAUUAAUGUUAAUUGUUGUGAUUUAAUCAACAACAGAAGAAAAUUGACCGAGACAAUUUACUCUGGUAGGUGUAGAUCACUUAAAUCACUUGAAGACCAAUGGUAAAACAAUGGACUGGUUAAGUCCAUUUGUGAUCUUCUGUGUUGUGGUCAUUUCGUUGAUAGAACCAGGAUAUUGUGAUGUAUUACAACAAUCUCAUCCUUCAUCAUCGACAUCAUCAUCUAACCAUAAAUCACCAGCAACACUUACAGCAUCCGAAUCAGCAUCAGUUUCAGUCUCUGUUUCAGCUUUACCUUUAUCAUCUUCAUCGGUAUCAUCGUCAUCAUUGUCAUCACCAUCCUCAUCAGCAUCUUCUUCUUCUUCCUCAUCUUUGCCAAAAAUCAAAUUAAAAUCUAGUGAAUCAUCUUUAUCAUCUUCAUCUUCAUCUUCUUCUUUACCUCGAUUAACGAUUACAUUUCCGAAACGUUCUCGUUCAAGUGGACGACGACGAUUUCCAGUUCUUAAAGCGAUUGUUUCAUCUUUUGUUAAACGUAAAUCUCUUGACAAUGAUUCACCGUUAUCUCCAUCAUCAUCACUAAUGUCAUCUUCAUCUUCUUCAUCUUCAUCUCAUCACCAUCAUUCUCAUCAUCCUGGUUACCAUCCGGUUUCAUUUGUAUCCACAUCGGAUCAUCACCAUCAUGGUUACAUUGACAGUGAUCUCAAUGGAGGAGCUUUAGAAUCAAUUGCAUUGGAAGUAAUUAAACAAGAAGAGCAAUUAGAGUUAAAUCAUAAGAUUAAACCUUCAUCAAUAAUUUCUGUAAAUACAAGUGCUAAUCCCGUUAAGCCAACACGUAGUCGUAAAAAUUUUCUGGUCAUAACUUUAUCUAAAAUGUUACGAUCGGUUAAUUUUACUCAAGUUUCUGAAGAUCUUAGGAUCGGUUCAUCAUCUAAAAUUAAUUGUAUCGCUUGUAAUACAAUUAUGACUCUAUUUUUGUCACCAUUAAACACCAAAGAGGUGAUGGUUGGUGCAGCUCGAGUUGUUUGUAAGCAAUUUAGUCACCUGAUGAGAACCACUGAAAGAGUUUGCUUGGGUGUAGUUGAAUCAUUUAAAGAUGAUCUUGAUUAUAUAAAACGAUCAAGUCGAUUGACUCGAAGAGAAAUGUGUGGCCUUCUAUUGGGAAUUGAAUGUGCUCGAACUGUUACCGAAAAUCUAAACUGGACUAUACCAAUUCCAUCAAAACAACAACAAUCAAAUACAAUUAAUAGACGAUCAUCGGUAACUAUUCAUUUAACUGAUUCUCCGACGACUAAACAAAGACUUCGAGUUGGUGGAUCGCCAGUUUCAUCACCAUCGUCAUCAUCAUCAUCAUCGGGAAAUCAGAAAAAAUAUUCAGACUCUUCGAUGGUUUAUCAUCAUAUUGGAGGUGAGAGUGGAGGUGGAUGGGAGAUGAGGAAUACAGGGUCAUCAUCACCCCCUUCUCUGAACUCACUACUAACAUCAACCACUCGGUACAAUCGAUAUCGUGAUCCAGUUUCACUUGAUGAACCAAUGAACAUGAAUAACAAUGCUAUUCAAAAAUCCCCUGGAAAUGGUGGGAAAAAGUUGAUCAGUGUUGUUCAUUUAACCGAUAUUCAUAUUGACCCUUAUUAUCAAGAGGGUGCAGCGGCGGCUUGUGGUGAGCCGCUUUGCUGUAGGUCCACUGAGGGUAAAAUUGACUCCGAUAAAAUGGCCGGAAAAUGGGGCGAUUAUCGUUCUUGUGAUACACCAAUACGAACUGUAAGACAUGCAAUGAAACAUAUCAGCGAAACUUAUCCAAACGCUCGAUACUGGAUGUGGACAGGAGAUAUUGCUCCUCAUGAUAUUUGGAAUAUCACUCGAAAAGAAGUUAUCAAUCAAAUUAAGUUAAUUACUAAUAUGUUUAAGAGAUUUUCUCGUGUUCCAGUUUAUCCAGUUAUUGGUAAUCAUGAAGCAGUUCCAGUUAACAGUUUCGCUCCACCAGAAAUCAAAGGUCCAGUUUCAAUCUCAUGGCUAUAUGAUGUUCUAGCCCAGGAAUGGUCAUACUGGUUACCUGAUGAUGCCGUUAGGACAUUAAGAUAUGGGGGCUAUUAUACGGUUAAAGUGCGACCCGGAUUCAGGAUUACAAGUAUUAACACCAAUUAUUGUACUCGUCUUAAUCCAUGGACACUUUAUAAUCCAAUUGAUCCGGGUAAUCAGCUGAAAUGGUUGGUUGAUGAGCUUUAUGAAGCUGAAAAUGUUGGUGAUAAAGUUCAUAUAAUAGGCCAUGUACCACCCGACGAUAAAGAGUGUACUCAGGCCUGGUUAUUCAAUUAUCUUCGGAUAAUCGAUAGAUUUUCAACUAUAGUUUUAGCCCAGUAUUUUGGACACACUCACCAUGAUGAAUUUCGAGUACUUUAUUCACCAUAUAACGCGGAAAAGGCCAUUUCAAUGGUCUACAUUGGACCAAGUAUUACUCCUUAUACAGAUCAUAAUCCCGCUUACAGAGUUUAUCAUACCGAUCCAUCGGGUUUCAUUAAGAACCAUGAAACCAUCUAUUUCAAUCUAACAGAGGCCAAUCUAAGUCCACAUGGACCACAAUGGCGACGGGCUUACACUGCACUCGAUGAAUUUGACCUUAACCAUUUAGGUCCUGAAGGAUGGGACAUUUUAAUUGAUAAAUUAGAUUUUGAUGAUAAACUUUUUCAACGUUUUUACAGAUUAUCUCAUCGUUACAGUGAAACCAAAGAUUAUUGCAAUUUAUCAUGUAAAAAAUCAAUUCUCAAGGAAUUAAGAGUAACCGAUCCGUUCAAGAAACGACCUAAAAGUAUAUUUGCCUCUCGAAGGAAAUUACAGUAACUAAAUUAACUUUGAUUGCAAACAAUUAACUGGAAGCAUCAAAUGCAAUUACUUAACUACAAUAAUAUCCUGAUGAUUAUUUCAUUUGUUUUUCAUUUUUAAUUAACUUUUUUUUUUACAUAAUAGUUUUUUUAUCCAACCUUGCAAACUUUUAAUGGUUAAACUAAAUCAAUUGAACCAAAACUGUAAUUAACAAAUCCCUUGUAAAUAAUAAUACCGUUAUAUAAUUAACGUAA